GGGUCAUUACAACAAAUGUGUCCCUGACUGAAGUAGUCCAAUUUCCGCCCCACAGCCGUCCGCAACAUCUACCAAAGGACUCAAAUCUUCAUUUUCAACUUUUACGUGACUGUCACGUUCCAGCUGGACUCCGCAAGCCGCCCAUGAUAAUUGUAUUACAUGACUGAGGAUUUUGUACAAACGGCAAGCUAGUGCGCUUGAGUAGUGUCCCACCAAAGAUAACUAACGACAGAAAGAUGGAUGUGCACUUUCCCACUAGUAGUAUCUUGUCCAUUGUCCUUCAAGCGCUCUUGUUGUCGUCUUCAUAUGGUUCGUUGGAGCCCUACGACCUUUUAUACAAUAAUGCCGUCGACGCCUUUUACAGAAGUGACUAUAAAGAUGUAGUGCGAUACAUGGAGGGAGCGCUCAGCAGCUACGCAGAGGUCCGCCAGACUAAAGUCCGAUGUCGACUGAGGUGCCAGGACCAGCACCCGUUUGACUCUGUUUCCAUGGACCUGCAGUUCUUUGACGUGGUUCUCCGAAGAUCAAAUUGUCAAAACGAGUGUAUCGAAGAGAAGAUUGGAACGCAGUCCAUGCACAAAGUCAGCGAGGAUGUCAACCAGGAUUUCCAGAGACGAAUCCCGUACAACUAUCUUCAGUUGGCGUAUCAGAAGCUGAAGCAGUUGGACAAGGCAGCGGCGGCGGCCCACACCUAUUUCCAGGCCAACCCAGAGCAUGUGGAAAUGGAUCAGAACUUAGAGCAGUACAAGGCUCUGGAGGGAUCCGACCAGGACCACUUUGUGGACAGAGAGGCCCGGCCUCAUCAGAGGUCCUUCUCAGCCGGGGUGAAGCUGUACGACAGUGCAGACUACAAGGGGGCCAUCGCCCUGUUCGAGGAGGCCCUCCAAGAGUACUACAGGGCCGACGUGGAGUGUCGGGCCCUCUGCCAGGGGCCCCAGAAGUUCGAGGAGCAGGACCAUGUCCUCUACCGCUACAGCCUAUACGAACUGGUCUCAGACCACUUCACCCAGGCGCUGCACUGUGAACACGAGUGUGUGAGGGACCUGUCGACCCGGCCCGGCCGUCUGUCUCCCAUGGAGAACUACCUGCCUCUACACUACGACUACCUGCAGUUUGCCUACUUCCAGAUGAACAUGGUGGAGGAGGCGAUGGAGUGUGCCAAGUCCUACCUGCUGUUCCACGAGGGGGAGGAGUUUAUGACGGAGAAUGUGGAGUACUACAGAGAGGCCGUGGGCCACGACGUCAAGCCCCGGGAGAAGGCCGAGUGGUACCUGAGACGCCAUAAGCAGGAGCUGGAGCUACUAGUGAUUGGCAGUGAGAACAUGCACGUGGAAUUUACAGAGGGGCAUUACUGGACCAGCACAGGUGGAAGAGAGGAUUCGAACAGGAUCCCCUCUGGUACCGAUGGAUGGAUGGAGUAUGUACCCAUCUCAGAGAAGAAGAACUUCACACUGGCCCCACCACAGGAGCUCAGAGAAGGAGGGCCCUUGGUGUAUGACAGUGUGCAGCUGGUCCAGAACUCAAAGGCCCUGAACGGAACUCAGAGGGUUCUUCUGGAUGAUGUCAUAUCUGUGGACGAGUGUGCCGAGCUCACAAACCUGGCCCAUACUGUCACUAUGGCAGGAGACGGAUACCGAGGGAAGAUGUCUCCUCACACGCCCAACGAGAGGUUUGAGGGAGCCACUGUGCUGAAAACACUGCAGUACGGCUAUGAGGGUCGUGUCCCAUUGAGGAGCGCUCGUCUGUUCUAUGAUGCCAGUGAGAGGGCCAGACGCAUCAUUGAGUCCUACUUCCUGCUCAACUCGACGCUCCACUUCUCCUACACACACCUGGUGUGCCGGACCGCAAUCACAGGGCAACAGGACCAUAGAAAUGACCUGAGCCAUCCCAUCCACGCUGACAACUGUCUGUUAGACCCAGAGGCCAACGAGUGCUGGAAAGAACCACCAGCCUACACCUACAGAGACUACAGUGCUCUGCUGUACCUGAAUGGAGACUUUGAGGGAGGAGAGUUCAUCUUCACAGAAAUGGACGCCAAAACAGUCACAGCACAGGUGAAGCCAAAGUGUGGUCGUAUGGUGGGGUUCUCGUCUGGCGGGGAGAACCCCCAUGGAGUGAGGGCCGUCACCAGGGGGCAGAGGUGUGCCGUGGCCCUGUGGUUCACCCUGGACCCCCUCUUCAGAGAACUGGAGCGCCUGCAGGCAGAUGAGGUGAUGCAGGCGUUGGACAACCAGAACAGCCAAUCACAGUGGGACACAAGCCUCAACAUCAACCCCAAAGACGAGCUGUAGUAGUCCGCCGGCCCCCAGCCCAGCACCCCCCAAAUCUUUAUAUCUAUCUAUUUAUUUAAUGAAGUUUGGAUCAGAACAAUUUUAUUUUUGUACUGUUUGAAGUGCAAGGUUAUAUAGUUGUUUGUGUUGCCGUCGUGGCUUUUAGUCUUGUUGUUGUUGUGAUUCUUUUUCUCCUUCUGUACAUACCAGUACUUGAGUUCGCGUUUGGGUCUUUGUUUUUCUUUCCAUUGACUCUCUCUCUCUCUCUCUCUCUCUCUGUUGGGGUGAAACCCAGUCAUUGUGCCUCACACUUAAUAAGGUCCAGUUUACUUUGUGAUGACUUUAUGAGGUCCAGUUGACUUUGCGACGACUUAAAAUGCUCAGUUCCCUUUGAGAUUAAUUUGUGUAGUGUGCGGGUGUGCGCGCGCACAAGGUUGUUACAACACAGACCUGUCAUACGUAUGAACAGUUCUUCCUGCACUGUGAUCAAGCGAAAGAGAAGAACAGCAGUCGACAUUGCCGUUCUCUUGUUAUAGAAAAGACAACGGGCUGUUUAUAACGUUUCAAACAUGAACUCCUAAAACAAAUCGGCCGUGGGAUUAUCUCAUCUGGGCGGUGUAAACACAGUUGAUAUGUUUCAUCUGCUUAUUCACUGAAACAUUGGCUGGAGUAUAUGCAUUCACCGAGAGAAAGAGGUCAGGCAUUUCUUUACAAACAGGGAGCUGCAAAUCCCUUUCGGUGACUGACAACGAUGACUGAACUGAUCUGUCACUAUUUUCCCGUGCACUUUCUUCUCGUUCGUGGUGUGGUGAAGAGACACCGUCUUCGUGACUCACAUCCCUCCCUAGCUCUGGUCCAUGGCGUUAGCAAGCCUUACUAACGCCUUGGACCAGAGCGAAUCCCUCCCGUUAAUUGCAAUCAAAACGCCGAGCAAGAUAACUGUUUACAAGUUAGCUGACACACGGGCAUGGAGUGUGUUUGUUGUUGUUGUUUUUGUGUGUUUUACAUGUCUGUUUUUAAGAUGGACAGCUGCUAUUGCAAUUGUCGGCAUUUGAUAUUAGAAGCUUUUUAAUAAAAGAUGUUGUUCAUUCCUGUUUAAAGGAAUUCCUAUUUUAAGGUGGCUUAUAGGUGUCCUUUCCUUUCGAAACUUCCUCAUUUCCUGGGUCAAAAUAGACAGACAGGCACACACACACUGUUAAAAUCCAAUGGAAAGAACGUGCCUUGUGUACUAUGAUAUUUCAAUGAUUACAACUGCUAACUAUACGUAACUUAUGCAUUUUAAGUUAGAUUAGGGGUUUUAUCUUAUCUUUUGAUAGGGAGGAUGGCCACUCACUAAUAUUUAAAUAUAAAUUGCUGUAGCACAAACAAAUUAUUGUAUCCAUCUCUUUUGUUGUUAAUGUGUACUUAUAAAUUAAAAAGACAAUAUUUCAUCAAAUAA